UUGGUCAAAAUGUGGCCGCCCUUACAUCUCUUCAUGAGGUGAUUUCGAAGCGACGCAUCACAGCGCCGCUCACUUCGUUAGAGCCAAUUAUGCUUCGUUUUGUGGAAUUAUGUGUUAAUCUUAGAAAGAGCAAGACAGCAAAGGAAGGCUUGCAUCAAUAUAAAAAUAUCUCGCAAAACACCAAUAUUGUAACUAUUGAGCUUGUGAUAGAGAAAUUUAUUGAACUUUCUGAGGAAAAAGUAGCAGCAGCCCAAGCAAAGGCCGAACAGAUUACCUUGGAUGCUAUUGAUGAUCUCGAGGCGUCUGAAACCCCAGAGUCAAUUAUGCUAAGUACUGUAAGUGGGGAACAGAGCAAAGAUAGAACUGACAGAGCCGUGGUAACACCGUGGCUCAGGUUCUUAUGGGAAGCUUACAGGACGGUUUUGGAUAUCUUAAGGAAUAACGUUCGUUUAGAAAUUCUGUAUCAGAAAACUGCCCACCAAGCGUUCCAAUUCUGCCUUAAGUAUACCCGAAAAACAGAAUUUCGACGCCUGUGCGAUCUUCUUCGUAAUCAUCUCCAAAAUAUAACCAAAUACGCUCAUCAGCAACACACUAUAAAUUUGAAUGAACCAGAAACUCUUCAGAGACAUCUGGAUACUCGAUUCUAUCAACUCAAUGCUGCGGUUGAACUGGAAUUAUGGCAAGAAGCAUUUAGAUCUGUUGAAGAUAUCCAUAACUUGUUAUCAAUGUCCAAGAGGCCUCCAAAACCUGUAAUGAUGGCAAAUUAUUAUAAUAAGCUGACAAAGAUUUUUUUGGUCAGUGAAAAUUAUUUGUUCCACGCUUCUGCCUGGAAUCGUUAUUAUACCUUAGUGAAAGCUCAGAACAAGUCUUUAACUGACGAGGAAAAUACGAGGAUGGCUUCCUUUGUAUUGUUGUCUGCACUCGCCAUCCCUGUUAUUACCAGUUCCAAGUCUCGCAUGCUUGAGAUUGAUGAUAAUAAAAAUAAGCAACAUCGACUUGCUUCGUUAUUGGGUAUAGGCCACUCACCUACUAGGUCGGGUUUGUUGAAGGAAGCUCUCAACAAAAACAUUUUGCGUAGAGUCCGUCCAGAAUUAAGGGAUCUAUACAACAUCCUAGAAGUUCAAUUCCAUCCAUUGUCAAUUUGUAAGAAGAUAGAGCCCAUUAUGAAUCAUCUCUCACAAGAUCCUGAAAUGGCAAAAUACGUGAAACCUUUGCAUCAGGUUAUUCUAACACGUCUAUUUCAGCAACUGUCGCAGGUUUAUGAUAGCGUUAAACUCGAUUUUGUUAUCAGUCUUGCGUCAUUCGCCCCUCCAUACAAUUAUGAUGCGGCAACUAUUGAAAAAUUCAUCAUGAAUGGAUGCAAGAAGGGUGAACUUUCGAUUCGCAUUGAUCAUUCUACAAGUAGUUUGACAUUUGAAACGGAUCUUUUUGCGACCUCUAAAAAUGCGGAUGCAGAUGGUGCGAAAUUACAGGCGUCACCUGCUGAACGAAUGCGGGAUCAACUCUCACGACUCGCAAAGUGUUUUUACACUACUGUUCAUAUGAUAGAUCCUACCAUUAUUGA